AUGUUUUCAAAUCUAAGCGAUCUGAGGGCAACAAGUCCACCUACCAUAGCAACAUCGCAAGAUAAGGCGAGUGUCCAUUGCAUGAGGGAAAAGAAACAAACAAGCCGAAUACAGAACGAUCUCCUUAUCACCGACGAGUUUAGCUCCAGUGCUGACGUUGGGUGGUAUGGGGCUGCAUUCAUUUUCGUCAGUUCUGUAACUCAAGCACCAUGGGGUUUUCAAUGUCAAAUGGACCUACCUCCGCAGCCUGCUCACAUUCGGGCUAGGAUCCCUGCUUUGUGCCCUCUCCCACAACUCCCUUACACUUAUCUGGGCAGGGGCAUUGCAGGAUUCGGCGGAUCAGGUAUUGGAUUGGGGAUCUAUACUAUUAUCGGGGUCUGCGUCCCACCAAGGAGACGUCCCAAGUUGAUUGGUGUAGCGGGUUUGGCAUUCUUACUCGCCAGCUUUGCCAGUCCCGUGAUUGGUGGGGAGUUUAAUAGUGCAUUACUUUGUUUUCGUCUCGGUCUUGAAUGGGGCGUCAGCAAGUCCUGGAAUAACAAGGAUGUCACUGGGUGUCUGGUUGGGUUUCCUGUUCUCAUGGGGCUAUUCAUUGCGAAUGAGUUCUUCUGGGAUGGCCGGGCGAUGAUUCCCCAUCGAUUGCUUUUUUUGGAAAAAAAAAAAGGGGUAGCUCUUAGUUUCGUUUUUGUUUUCCUUGUGGUGGGCGCAUUCUUCAUGCUUCUGUUUUACAUGCCCAUCUACUUCCAGACAGUAAAGGGUAACUCAGAUGAGAACUCGGGGAUACGAACCCUGCCGUUGGUCAUGACUCGGAUUACUGGCUACCCAACACCAUUUCUGUUGGUUGGUGGAAGGAUCAUCAGUGUAGGAGUCGGGUUGCUAUACACGCUGGAUCUUCCAACGCAGCCGAGACUCCGGAUUCCGUACCAGAUUUUGGCUGAGUUCGAGACUGGGGCUUCUCUCCAGGUACCCAUCAUUAUGAACCAAGCUAAUGUAGACAUAUCAGACAUUUCGACAAUGACGUCCGCGGCCAUAUUUUUUAUAUGCCUAGGGGCCUCAAUUUUUAUGCAAGCAGGGCAGACCAGGUUUCUCGACAAAGUCAAGCGGGGCUUGGAUAUGAUGUCUGUUGCCAACGUGAGCUCAAGCCAGUUACUCACAGGAUGGUCAUGUACAGGUUUUCGCACUGCUUACCUUGUGGGUUUGAAAGAUGUAUUUGUGCUGGUAGCAGUACUCUCGGGCCUGGCCACUUUCCUUGCACUCUUUGUGGGUCGAUACAAGCUGUAUACUGUACGACUGCGGCUGUAA